GCUGCGGCAGCCUGGCCGCCGCGUGGGCGCCGUGGCGGACUGUGAGCGACUGCUGGCCUAGGAAGAGGGCCGGACCAGGCUGGGUGGGUGGGGACUUGUGCUGGUAACCUGGCAGCGGUCGAGAGAAAGAAGAUUAUAAAUGUCAGAGCCAUUUAACUGAUGGUUAACUGUUGCAUUCUGACACUUCUUUAAAUACCUUCUUGCACCAACCUCUUCACUGGGAAGAUUUCAGGAAAAGUAGCAGAGGGAAAGAGUCAACAUUUACAUGUACCAUGGCUAUACCAAUAACGGUGCUUGACUGUGAUCUCUUACUGUAUGGCCGAGGUCACCGAACGUUGGAUCGUUUUAAGCUUGAUGAUGUCACUGAUGACUAUUUGAUGUCCAUGUAUGGUUUUCCUCGACAGUUCAUUUAUUACUUGGUGGAGCUCUUGGGAGCCAGUCUUUCUAGACCCACCCAGAGAUCCAGGGCUAUUAGCCCAGAGACACAGAUCCUUGCAGCACUGGGCUUUUAUACUUCAGGUUCCUUCCAGACCCGGAUGGGAGAUGCUAUUGGAAUCAGUCAGGCAUCAAUGAGUCGAUGUGUUGCCAAUGUCACUGAAGCACUUGUGGAAAGAGCCUCACAGUUCAUUCGUUUUCCAGCUGAUGAGGCAUCCAUUCAGGCUCUGAAGGAUGAAUUCUAUGGGUUGGCUGGGAUGCCAGGGGUAAUAGGAGUGGUUGACUGUAUCCAUGUGGCAAUCAAGGCACCAAAUGCUGAAGAUCUCUCCUAUGUGAACCGUAAAGGUCUGCAUUCUUUAAACUGCCUGAUGGUGUGCGAUAUCAGAGGGGCAUUAAUGGCUGUGGAGACGAACUGGCCAGGCAGUCUACAGGACUGUGCGGUGCUGCAGCAGUCUUCCCUUAGUAGUCAGUUUGAAGCUGGGAUGCACAAAGACAGCUGGCUGCUUGGUGACAGUUCCUUCUCUCUCCAUACCUGGCUCAUGACCCCUCUUCACAUUCAUGAAACUCCAGCCGAAUAUCGCUAUAAUAUGGCCCAUUCUGCAACUCACAGUGUGAUCGAGAAGACUUUCCGGACACUCUGUUCCCGGUUCCGCUGCCUGGAUGGGUCCAAGGGGGCACUGCAAUACUCACCAGAGAAGUCCAGCCACAUCAUCUCGGCUUGUUGUGUCCUCCACAACAUCUCCCUGGAGCAUGGGAUGGAUGUUUGGUCCUCUCCAACGACAGGACCCAUGGAACAGCCCCCUGAGGAAGGGUAUGAACACAUGGAGUCCCUGGACCUGGAGGCUGACCGGAUCCGCCAGGAGCUGGUGCUCACUCACUUUAGCUAAUGUGAAAGGUGGGGAGGAGGAGGAAAACUUACCAGAAGGACCUGUGACAGACUUCCUCCCUCACUAACCCCUACACAGUUGUAUCGUUUAGUAUAACUGAGUGUGGACACUCAUUAAAUUGACAUUUAAUCUGCGUGUUUUUUUAGAAGAGUGGGGGCUAUUCCAGAAUAUCUUGAUUCAUUUGCAAUUUUAUAACUCAACCAAAGCAGGACAACAGUUCUCUACUGUGCACUGAACUCCAGGUUGAUCAUCAGUCAUUUGAAAGGUCAUUUCUGCAGACAUUUAUGAUUGUGUCUACAACAUCAAGCAAAGAGGAAGCGGCAUCUAGCCAGAACACUUCAUUUUUGUUUCAAUUCUCUGGAAAUUUCAAAUGAAAAGAAUAUUUACUUGUCCUGAAUUAUUCAGAUGGUAUUCUAGCUUUUCCACUUUGCUGCCAAUAUAGGCAUAAACUGAGGCAAGUGUAAAAAGUAAUUUUAUAUUGGAGAAUGGUCCUCUGACAUUGGCAAAUGGCUACUAAGCUGAGUUUCUAGCUUUGUGUUUUUAAGAAGAUGUUAGGUAGCCCUGGCUGGUGUAGCUCAGUGGAUUGAGUGUGGGCCUGCGAACCAAACAACUGUGGUUUGAUUCUGUGGUUCGAUUCCUGGUCAGGGCACAUGCCUGGGUUGCAGGCCAGUUCCUAGCAGGGGAUGCACAAGAGGCAACCAUACAUUGAUGUUUCUUUCCCUCUCUCCUUCCCUUCCUCUCUAAAGAUAAAUAAAUAAAAUCUAAGAAAAAAAGUACCAGGGGAAAAAAAAAAGAUGUUAGGUACAGUGAAAUCUGAAACCUUUAUCUUUAGUCUUUCUGCAUUAAUUGGACUGUGACUUGGAGCUAGUUUUUGGGGAGAAUAUCUGGACUCCAAUCUCCUAUUUCCAGCCCUGAGUAGGAGUUAGAGGCUAAGUAGGUUAAGAACCCAAUCAGCUUAAGGAAGAAAAGUCAGGUAUGGGUAACUUAGCAGGCUUACACUUUACAGGGGAUCUAAAGACCCUGAUAAAUUGAUGGACAGAGGAGAGUUAUCCAGGUUUUAACAGCUCACAUCAUAGAUCACAUUUCUUACAGUCAUGAUGUUAGAAUGUCUGCUUGGCCAUUCAGCUUUGAAAUUCCUUGUACUGAAGGAAGAUUUAGGGAAUAAAGACAUACGAAAGUAUUAAGAAGGAGAGGUAAAAAGAACAUAAUUUUACUUGAAGUUAAUUUUGAAGUUAGACCUACUUAAAUAUCUUGUAUUCAGAGUAAUGGACAGAAUUUCCUAGGAAAUAAAUAAUCCCCCACUACAUCUUAUUCUAAAAUUAUACUGAUACAAAAAUAACCUGAUUGGAAUAAUAAAAGUGUAAAUUAGGUUCACACAUUGGUGCCUUUGCUAGGACAAAAAAAGAGACCUUCCUGAGGAUUGUCUUGUUCCCAAUUUUUCAUCCACUCACCAUGUGAUACCUCUGAAUUGUCCUCCUGGAUCAUUUCCUACCUGCUUUUGGCAGUGUUAAUCUGGUAAUGUUCAAAGUAAAGAAAUGAGCAGCAGAUGACAGAGAAACUUGGAAAUAAAUUGAGGGUGACUCAUCCACAAGAUUAAAAACAA